AUGAAUGACGAACAAUACACGGAUGUUUUCAGUGGACCAGUUUCUAGAAAACUUCUGUAUGAUCACGUUCUUAAGCGAAAUGAUCUGUUGUAUUCUAUGGUGUAUAAUACAACAGCUCGCUCUCAGGAAACAAUAGUAAAGUCGGUGACAGGCAUAUACAAUGGCAUACUCGAUUUACCUGCUAUUCUGACUGUACUUUAUGUAGCCUUUUUCGUGGAUAAAUACAACUAUACAAUUACUACAAAGCGUCUUAUGCUCUCCUCAUCCCGGUUGGCUACUCUACUUGUCUUGAGCGAGAACCAACUUGAUAAAGCCAUCUUGGGUCUAUAA